AUGAGGGCCAUGCACUCCGUCUUUUCACUGCUGCGUGAUCGGUUGCUCGUGGCGCCAAUAUCGCCGUUGAAGGCGGCUGAGGUCUUGUGCAGCGAGCACCCGUGUGCCGAUAGCGGCGUCGCCACGCAUUUGGUAAACUGCGUGGAUGGAAAUGGUGUUCUUCUUCAGCUACCAUUGCUGCUAUCACUGGUGCGUUGUGGGUAUCGUCAUGUGCCGAACUGUGACCAGCACAAGGCUCUGAUCACUCAAUGGGGCCCGAUGGAGGAGACACUCUUCAGUGCGCUUUGGAUCCGUUUGCGGAGGCUCACAGCAGCAGGGAGCACCGCCUGGGAUGAAACGUUGGCAUUACAUUUCGACGUCGGGGAGGGAAAGGGGCGGGGAGGCUGCAGGCUUGAGCCAGUGGACUCACUUCUACAGACACUUCAACUUUUCGUGGAUGUGGCACGUUUUGUCCACCACUCAACACUUUCUUUACAAGCACAUCGCCUGCGGCUUCUUGCGGAUGUCUUUUCACCCGUGAUGCGUAGGGUUGACGUGGCCUGGCGUGAAAUAAAUGAACCUAAUUCACCCGUUGUCAUUGCGCCGGAACAGCUGCAAGAAUUAGGGCAUUUGGCGGGGCAGUGCCUGUGCUUGUAUGGGAAAUAUCUUCUCCUAUUCCAUCAAGGCUUGUGUAACAUGCUGUUUGCUGGCCUUUCAGCAUUGUCGACGAUGCUACAGAGCGACAAGCAGGGUGGGGCAUUGAUAAAGGCUUGUACCGUGCGGGACGCACUAUCGGAGGUUCGAGUAGUGCUGGUUGGCCUCCUUACUCGCAAGGCGUGUGAGCGGCAACACUGGGUCGUUUCAAUGGAACGCUGGAUGGAGUUGGUAUUGCAACUUGCUGAGGUCUUUACAUUAGAAGAAGCGGCUUGUCUGGAGUAUCUCGAUGAAGAUAAUAAAAUAGAGACUUUCAAUGGUCUCUACACCCUACACGUGGAUGUAUUGAGUGCAUUGUCAACUGUUCUUGCGGUUUACCACUGCAGUGUUUUGAUGGAGUUGAAUUCGGCUGUUAAUGAACCGAUAACAAAAGCGUGUGACAACAUUUUGAAGAGAGGGCUGGGACUGUUACGGCAACUUCUGUUGCUGGUUACUGGAGCUCAGAAGGACAAGGCGCCAUCGUCAUGCAAUGCAAUUCACAAACUUGGCAUUGGAGGAAACUAUUUGACCGUGAGGGCAUGGUGUGCGUGUUGCGAGGCAGCUCAGGUGCUGCAUGCUUGCUCUCCCACGUGCGAGGAAUUUGACGCCAAUAAAGAGUCUGACGAUGCUGAAGUUCGAACGGCUCUUCUUGGUGAUGCGUUGCGUCGUCUUACGUGGUCGAAUGUCGGUGCUGGUGGUGGUGAUAACGAUGCUUUGGUUUCGCUCACGUUUUACCUGACGCUUGUAAGAGCAUUGCGGAGGUGGGGGGCGGCACCAAGUUCAAAAGAAUGCUUUUCACUGGACGCGUUGUGGAAUACCGCACGUAUGAGGUUGCCGGGCAGUCUUAAUGCGUCACCGCAGUCCAUCCGGCUCUUGAUUUUGCUACUGGAGGAGUUGUGCUGCAUCUUGAUUGUUAAUUUCCCAAGGCUGCCCAAAUCCACGUUGCAGGUGAUGAGGAAGGAGACUAUUGCAAUGCGAGAGGCCGUCCAAGCAAUGUGGAGUAACUGCCUGAGACACAUACAGGGCAGAUUUGAGGUGGGGAAAACCGCUCUCGUGGACGAAGAUGUUGCUGCCAUUGCCCGUGGCAUGUUGCAUAUUGGAGCAGCUGCUAAUUGUGUACAGAAAGGCGCCGUCAUUGGUCUUUUUGAGGAUCAUCGGCUUCUUUUGAGCCGUCUUUGUGCUCUCUUGCUGCCUGUGGAAAGCGGCAUGCGUCGUUGUUUUGGUGCCGUGAGGAAUCGGCAGGAGGGGGUGUACAGCGGCUGGGAUGGAGAAGAAGACGAAGAGGACGAGAACGACUAUCGAACUCUCAUUUCUGGUGGGGCGUAUUGGUUUGUUUGCGAGACGUGUCUGGGUGGGAUGUUGUGGCACAAGCCCGAUGAAAUCAUGGUGGAAUCCACAUGGGUAACAUGCCACUGCCUACUGCGCCAUCGCGGUAUCGCUGACAUUAUUGCUGCAUACGUGGAGUUCUUCGCCCCUGUGCUUAUGCAAGGCAAGAAGACGACAUGUGAGACGGACCCCGUCGAGGAGCCAUUUGCUGCUUUGCAGUCUACCAACUGGAUGUGCAUGACACCCUCUGACGUUGCCUGUAGAGGAGCAAAGCAAUGUUCGCAAGACGCAGGUGACAUGGCACCGUUCUUCACACCUGCCGCUUUGUUUUUUAUUGAAUGUCACCAACAACUUCUCCUGCUUCCGACAUCCAAUGUGUUGCCGUCACAUGCCCGCCGAAUAUUACGCGUCUUGUUUGCCAUGUCGCCGGGUUUUUUUGCGUGUGUUCCGGAACUCCCACGUUUUUUAUUACGUCGACUUCUUAAGUACCCGACUUCAUUUUCUCCUGCUGUUACUGCAGUGACAGAGAACACCACCAUUCGAAAGGAAGUUGGGCGUGAAGGUGCAUGCGAUUCCAUUGAGUCGGCUGAUCCAAGUGAUCUGUGGGAAGUUCUUCUUUGGGUCUGCACAGCAAAGAUUGCACGGCUGAAGGGUUGCCUUCCAGAUGAAAUCAACGAUUUUGAAUUUAAAAAGGACGGGGCUAUUUUCUUAAAGGUGGCUUCAUCCAUUCGAUUGGAGGAAGAUGCCGAGGCAACACUCCGCAUGUUGUAUGCUGUGGAUAAUGAAAGCGACGACAUGUUUUUCACAACGCGGCAGCGUGUGCUGCAGCGAGCUCUUGAGAUACUGCAGAACUGA